AGCUGAUCGUGGAGCUCACUUCUGUUAUUGUUUUAUUGAAUUCACAAGUCGUCACGGAUUACACUAUUUUGUUUGGUCGAUAAUCCCCCUGCCAGCUCAACCCGGAAGGUGUUGAAACACCUUUCGAGUUGCACACCCCACGCGAGCUCAUUGCUUUUAGUUUCCCGUUAGCUGCGAUGACGAGCUUUUUAGAUCAGCUUCCAAAGGGGAUCAGGGCUAUCGCCGAGUCCGUUAAUGUAACCAAGCCCGAGGACGUGCUGACGACUUCUAAAUGCAAGUUCUUGGACUCGCGCUUACAAGAUCUGGACACUGUUGCAAGAGCGUGUUCGCCCGAAGAUGUUCGCAUAUUGAAGGACGCGGCAGCCAAGUGGCUCGCCGAAGUUCCCCAGACGGCGGACUCCUUGUUCAAGCCGCUAGCCAAUGUCCGGUGGUCCAGAGUGACUUUUGGUUGCUCGGCUCUGGAUCGCUGUACGGGCGGCGGAGUUGUGACGCGAGGGAUAACGGAGAUAUUCGGAGGCUACAGCGUGGGAAAGACCCAUUUGCUGCUCCAUUUGUCCUUGGGCGUUCAGCUGCCACGCGAACUAGGGGGUCUGGGCAAGGGCGUUGCGUAUAUUUGCACAGGGAGUCCUUUUCCGGCGAGGCGUCUGUUGCAUAUAAGCAAGACUUGGGAGCAGCGGUACCCCAACACAAAGCUUAACUUCCUGGCCAACGUGAUGGUGGAAGUCCAAAAGGACGCAAAAUCUCUUAUGGACUGCGUGAACAAUAGGUUGUCGGAUCUGUUCCAGCAGCAUGGAAUCGGGCUUAUCGUCAUCGAUUCCGUGGCCGCCGUCUUCCGCGAUUGCAAGGACUUCAAUCAGCGGGCCCGGGACCUUCGUAGCCUGACAAAUACGCUCCUGAGCUAUUCCGAGAAGUAUAACUGCGCCGUGGUAUGCGUUAACGAAGCAGUCUCUUCCAUCGAUGGCGAUGGCGAUGACCAAGCCCCCCUGGGCCUGCAGUGGGCCCAUCUCGGACGCACCCGGCUACGGGUUACAAAGGAGCCCAAGCAGCACAAGCUCGGCGACGAGCUGUUCACCGUUCGCAGACUGGAGGUCAUGUACUCGCCGGAGACUCCAAACGACUUCGGCCAAUUUCUGAUCACCUCGGAGGGAGUGGUGGAUGUGCCACAGCCGACUCCGCCACGACCUCCACCCAAAAUUAGAUGCAUUCGCCAGUAGGUUUCAUUAAAUCGGUUUAUUUUGCUUUCAUUAAA